AUGAGCAGGCACAAGAAUGACGAGUCGGUCAUGAAUUACUUUUCUGACGACCCAGCUCCGACCUUCACCGGUGACCUUGCGGACCGCGCAGGCGUCAGUCUGGUAAACAGAAGGAAUCUGGAGAUCCAGAACCUUCGGGUCUCUGACGAAGGGGAGUACUACUGCAGCGUAAGCGAGCUCGGAGCAGGCAGCCAGAGUGGCGAUGGGAUGAGGUACCAGCUGGUGGUGUAUGUACCCCCUUCGAUCUCCGUGAGUGGAGGACCUUACGAGGCGGAGGUUGGGGGGAAGAUGAUGGUUACCUGCCGUGCGAACAGCCAUCCCCCCUCCAACUUCACAUGGACUAGUCCUCUUGGUAACGUGUUACACGGGGCGGUGUUGGAAAUUGCCAGCAUGACCACAGCCGAUAUAGGAAGGUACAUGUGCAUAGCAAACAACGGCUAUGAGGUCGCCUCUGCGUAUGUGGACAUCUCCAUUAAAGACGUAGGCGACAGACAGGCGACAAACGUGCCUCACCCAAGGAUGGCGUCACAACGACCCGGAAGCGGAAAUGACGAGUCGGAAGUUCCCAUGGAAACCAUCCAACCACUAACCGUCCAGCCGCCCCAGCCCAGUAGUCACUACCAAGAACUCAAGUCUGCCAUCUACCUGAGUCUGCAAAACACUGAAUAG